CGGAGACAUCCUCCUACCAAACCGCAGACAACCGCAGCCUGGCGCGACACAUCUCUGGUGGUCAGGACGUGCGCCGAGUUGUGUUCAACAAAGAACCUCACCUUUGAUAAUUCUUUCUGAUCGCCUUUUCUCUCUGCCACACCUCAACUCCUUUCACAUCACCAACAAAUAUAUAUCGGCGCAGAAAUGGGCAAACGCAAGAAGUCUUCAAGCAAGCCUCAAGGGCCCAAAAAGCGUGAACCCCUCGCCGUACAAUUUACAUGCCUGUUCUGCAACCACGAGAAAGCGAUUCAAGUAAAGCUCGACAAGAAGGCAGGCGUGGGCAAUCUACACUGCAAAGUAUGCGGACAGCGCUUCCAGACGGGCAUCAACUACCUUUCCGCCGCCGUCGACGUGUACUCUGACUGGGUCGACGCCUGCGAGAACGUCGCGCAGGAGGCCGCUGCGCAGGACGCAGAAGAUGCAAAGUUCAGCAGUUACGCUGCGGCACGUCCAACCGGGACAGGCGUGGCGGGAGGCGAUGAGGAAGAAGAAGAUGCGGAAUUCGGCGAAUACUAGCUUUGGAAACUUGGCUUUCGAGGCCUAAAGCGACACAACUUUGGCGUUUGGAACGAUGAGAACUAUUUGCUUGUUAUCAAUUGGCAGACAAAAUAUGGAUACGCAGGGCCACGUCUGGGACGGCAGAGGCGAGGAGACUGGGAUUGGGAUAUUAUUCU